AAUGGUAUAAAUAUUAGCGCAUCUCGGUCCAGCGGCCACUCGCAGUUCUACAGCGAAAGUGUUGAUUUAGGUUUCUAGUUGUCUUUUCCUUUGACGUAAAACAAAUACUAUACAAGAUGUGUGACGAUGAAGUUGCCGCAUUGGUCGUUGAUAACGGCUCGGGAAUGUGCAAGGCUGGUUUCGCUGGAGAUGAUGCCCCCCGCGCUGUCUUCCCCUCGAUUGUGGGUCGUCCACGCCAUCAGGGUGUGAUGGUGGGCAUGGGACAGAAGGACUCCUAUGUGGGCGAUGAGGCCCAGUCCAAGAGAGGUAUCCUCACCCUGAAGUACCCCAUCGAGCACGGCAUCAUCACCAACUGGGACGACAUGGAGAAGAUCUGGCAUCACACUUUCUACAAUGAGCUGCGCGUCGCCCCCGAGGAACACCCAGUUCUGCUGACCGAGGCUCCAUUGAAUCCCAAGGCCAAUCGCGAGAAGAUGACCCAAAUCAUGUUUGAGACCUUCAACGCCCCCGCAAUGUAUGUCGCCAUCCAGGCCGUGCUCUCACUGUACGCCUCCGGCCGUACCACUGGUAUCGUGCUUGACUCCGGCGAUGGUGUCUCCCACACCGUGCCCAUCUAUGAGGGUUAUGCCCUGCCACACGCCAUCCUUCGUCUGGAUCUGGCUGGUCGUGACUUGACCGACUACCUGAUGAAGAUCCUCACAGAGCGUGGAUACUCGUUCACCACCACCGCUGAGCGUGAGAUCGUUCGCGACAUCAAGGAGAAGCUCUGCUACGUUGCCCUAGACUUCGAGCAGGAGAUGGCCACCGCCGCCGCCUCCACCUCUCUGGAGAAGUCGUACGAGCUUCCCGACGGACAGGUCAUCACCAUCGGAAACGAGCGCUUCCGUUGCCCCGAGUCCCUCUUCCAGCCUUCCUUCCUGGGCAUGGAGUCGUGCGGCAUCCACGAGACCGUCUACAAUUCCAUCAUGAAGUGCGACGUGGAUAUCCGCAAGGAUCUGUACGCCAACAUCGUCAUGUCUGGAGGCACCACCAUGUACCCCGGUAUCGCUGAUCGCAUGCAAAAGGAGAUCACAGCACUCGCGCCCUCAACCAUCAAGAUCAAGAUCAUCGCCCCACCUGAGCGCAAAUACUCCGUCUGGAUCGGUGGCUCCAUCCUGGCCUCCCUGUCCACCUUCCAGCAGAUGUGGAUCUCAAAGCAGGAGUACGACGAGUCCGGUCCCGGCAUUGUCCACCGCAAGUGCUUCUAAGCAGCAGCAGCAGCAGCAGCACCAGCCGCAGCCUCCACCACCCACACCACACCACACACCAACACGAACACACAAUAAUACAGCAACAACG